GAGAGGAGCAAAGAAGAAGACUGCAUGGUCUUGCCGCUAUAGCAAGGAUAGUUGUGAAACAUAUUUGCUGAUUGCUGAUGCUGCACUGAAACCUCCAACGUUUUCACGUAGUGUUGUGUCAUGUAUUAAUACGACGUGUUUUUCUCUGUGAGCUGCCAUCUGCUGCAGUAGGUAAAAAUCAGGAGCUUCAUCAGUUCCAGCGAGAAGAAAUGACUUCUGUCAGAGAGGAAGGUAAAGACCGAAUAAUCUUUGCCACCAAAGAGGAUCAUGCAACACCCAGCAAUGCUGAGCUUAUAGAGGAGGAUCCCAAUGACCCCUAUGAGGAGCGAGGUCUGAUUCUUCCCAAUGGGGAGAUCAACUGGAACUGCCCCUGCCUCGGCGGGAUGGCCAGUGGUCCUUGUGGGACUGAAUUUAAGGACGCCUUCUCCUGUUUCCACUACAGUAAGGAGGAGGUGAAGGGCUCUGAAUGCCUGGAGCAGUUCAGGGCCAUGCAGGAGUGUAUGCAGCGCUACCCGGACCUCUACCCGCAAGAAGAUGACAAGGUGCCCGAAGAAAAGUCAUCUGAAACAGAGCAGACCUCACAAGACUCUGCUCCUGUGCAAGACUCUGAUACCCCACAACCCAACACAGAGAGCUCAGUGGAAAGCUCAUGAUGAGCCCCGCGUCAAUCUGAGCGUCAGGGUUGUAAAAAAAAAAAAAAAAAAAAUCUAUUUAUGAACAAGAUGGACUUGUACUUUUUUAAAAUAAUAUAAUAUUGUUGAAAAAAAUCACAAUCUUGAAAUUCAAGUUUGUCAGUCCUGCCCUUAUGUUCAGGAAAAACAAGAUUUGCAAAUUCAUUCAAUCAACAACUUAAAGGACCAAGCUGAGCAUAAACACUGAGGUGUAAAGUGGAUAUUUUUUUACUUCCUUUGUUUCAUGAUAAACAGUCCACUAAUCCAUGCUCUGAUUUAACAUAAAAAGCUCUGAAACUGUAAGAUUACAGUGAAAAACAUGUUUUAUACUUGAACAUUUUUCAUUUCCAUUCUCUUUUAACUGUAUUAUUUUCAUACUACAUGACAUAUAUUUCAUUUUACAUGUACAUUAUGAGUUAUACAACAUUUAUGUUAGUAAUGUUAUCAAAGUUGUUAAAUCUGCAGAUGUGCGAGGAAUGAACUGCAACUAAAAAACAUCUUGAAACUUUCUAGUGUUGAAUGUUCAGUAGCGUUCAGUUUCCACAGUUGUCCUCUGUCUGCUAAUUUAUAACCAGACCUAAAACCUUUACCUCACCUGAACUCAACUGUUCCGUCUGUGUGCAACACAGGAAUGAUUGAAGUGACUUGAAGUGAAUAUUGUUGAAAAUUUUAUAAUAAAAACUGUUCUGGUGAGAUA